CCCUAAAGUAGUAUUUACCCAACUGGUCAUUACGCUGUUAAUAACAAUUAAAUUUCUAAAAAAAUCCGACUUUGACCUGGACAUAUGCAUAUAAAUUAGGCACAAACGGACAACACAGCAGAACAUUAAGUACUCUUGUCAAAAUGAAGACUUUCAUCGCUUUAACACUACUAGUGGUGGCUGUGCAUGGGAUCGAUAAAGAAUUUGUUCAGCAAAUCCAACAGAAGAUGAAGGCCCAAGCUGAAGAAUGCGCGAAAGAAGUGUCUGCAACUCCAAACGAUGUAGCUGAACUUUUUGCCAAAAAAAUACCAACUUCUCGAGAAGGCAAAUGUAUCAUUUUCUGCAUGCACAAAAUCUACAACGCUCAAAACGCAGACGGUAGUUUAAAUAUGGCUGGCGCUUUGGAAAAUUUGGAAAUGAUCAAAGAUAUGGAUGCCGAUUUGUAUACUAAAGUGUCCACAGCUUUUAAGAAGUGUGAAUCAGCCCCAUUUGAUAGCGACCCUUGCGUUUAUGCAACUAAUUUAGCAGAAUGUAUUGUAAAAGAAGGAAAAGCGCUUGGUCUGGACGACUUAGUCAUAGAAUAAGAGCCACUUUGUUAAAAUUUUAUGUCAAUGUAACUUAAUCAAGAAUAAAGCACC